AUGACGUACUUCCGAAGGCCUUGGGAGCUGGCCCGGAGGUUGAGGCGGGAGUUUAGGCGGGGGGCAGGGCGUCCUGACCAUCCCGGGCGGCAGCCGGUAGAGUGGCGGUGUUUGCGGCCAGCGGCGUCAGUAGCUACUGCGGUGCCUUCGCUGUCUCCUCAGCGGCUCCAGCCCCAGCCGCCCUUCCAGCCCUACCUGUCGCCGCUGGCGCUGCCGCCCGACGCGCAGGCCGCCGCCAGCCGGGGAACCCAUGAGGGCGCGGGCCCUGCCGCCGCGUUCGCGGCGUCGCCAUCGUCCGAGAGAGUCCCGAGCCGGCGCGGGCAUGGCCGCGGCAUGAGUGCCGAGCCGGAGCCGGAGGACCAGGCGGCGUCGGAGCCUGCGGCGGGAGCCAUGCCAGAGAAGCGCCCGGGCGAGCAGACCGCCGGCGGCGUCUCGCUACAAGGCUUUGGCAGACCAAGUGUAUACCAUGCUGCUAUUGUCAUCUUCCUAGAAUUCUUUGCGUGGGGCUUGUUGACAACUCCAAUGUUAACUGUUCUACAUGAAACAUUUCCUCAACAUAAAUUCCUUAUGAAUGGUCUCAUUCAAGGUGUAAAGGGCCUGCUGUCUUUUCUGAGUGCCCCCCUCAUAGGCGCUCUGUCUGAUGUGUGGGGUAGGAAACCCUUUCUCCUCGGCACCGUGUUCUUCACCUGCUUCCCAAUUCCAUGGAUGAGGAUCAGCCCUUGGUGCAUGUCUUUGUUCCUGGCAAGAUUUGAAGAGUGCUUGGAAGAAGACUUGCUUGAAUUGAAACUUCUGGAGUGAAAGAGUGGGGUUGGAGUAGUCAUGGGACAGAAGUUACUUGUUAUUCAAGAAGAAUCAGUGUUGGGGGCGCCUGGGUGGCUCAGUGGGUUAAAGCCUCUG